CAUGAAACCUCGAUUUUCUCAGAAUGUCUAUUUAUUGGGUCGCUAUUCAUUUGUCCGCCGCUUCCACCAUACUCAUCGCAGAACCUUCAGCUCUUUCCUCAAUAAUAUUCGUUCGAAUCACUUCGGAGCUCGAGCUUCCUCUAUCGGCGGCGGAGGCGGAGGAGGUGGAACCGGAAAUUCUAAAGGCAAUGCUUUUCUCUUGCCCGGAGCAACAAUGGCUACUAUCCUUAUGCUUGGAGCUCUUCAUGCUCGUCGGCUCUAUGAAGACAAGAAGAUCGAAGAGAAACGGGAAAGGGGAAUCGAACUUGAGUUCCACCAAGAUGUUAAAGCCUCGUUCCUAGGAAUUCUGCCUCUGCGAUCAAUCUCAAGAGCAUGGGGUUCUUUGACGAGCCUGGAAAUUCCGGUUUGGAUGCGGCCUUAUGUUUAUAAAGCCUGGGCUCGAGCUUUCCAUUCAAAUCUUGAAGAAGCAGCUCUGCCUCUUGAGGAAUAUGCUUCACUACGGGAUUUCUUUGUUCGCAGCUUGAAAGAAGGUUGCAGGUCUAUCGACCCCGACCCUUGUUGUCUGGUUAGUCCUGUGGAUGGCACCGUGCUAAGGUUUGGGGAGUUAAAAGGAAAUAGAGGAAUGAUCGAGCAAGUCAAAGGACAUUCUUACUCAGUACCGGCUCUUCUUGGAACCAACUCUCUGCUUCCUAUGGUACCUGAAGGUAAGGAUGAGUCUGAAGAAGAAGCUGUUGGAGAUAAAGGCGACAAGUCUUGGUUGAGAGUCUCUUUGGCAUCUCCAAAACUACGGGAGAGCAAUUCAGCUAGUCCAAUGAAGGGGCUCUAUUAUUGUGUGAUAUACCUAAGACCAGGGGACUAUCAUCGGAUACACUCUCCGGCUGACUGGAAGGCAUUGGUUCGUCGACACUUUGCAGGCCGGUUGUUUCCUGUGAACGAGCGUGCUACAAGAACGAUAAGGAAUCUCUAUGUCGAAAAUGAAAGGGUUGUGCUUGAAGGGUUAUGGAAAGAAGGUUUUAUGGCACUUGCUGCUGUUGGUGCGACCAACAUUGGAUCCAUUGAGCUUUUCAUUGAACCUGAACUAAGAACAAACAAGCCAAAGAAGAAGCUAUUUCCUACAGAGCCACCAGAGGAGCGUGUCUAUGGUCCAGAAGGUCAUGGCUUAAAGCUCGAGAAAGGGAAGGAGGUAGGAGUGUUCAACAUGGGAUCAACCGUGGUGCUUGUUUUCCAAGCACCAACCGCAAAAUCACCAGAGGGUUCAAGUAGUUCCUCAGAUUUUAGAUUCUGUGUCAAACAAGGAGAAAGAGUCCGUGUUGGAGAAGCAUUGGGAAGGUGGAGAGAGCAAUGAGUACAUGGCAUUACAUGCCCCACUGUUAUUGUUUUUUUUUAAGUCAAGCUUUACAUAUUAUGCACAAACACGAUCUGACCAAAUCAUAACAAAGUUACUAGAAGUUUUUAGGCUACUCGUGAACAGAAUUUGUAAUUGCCCUUAUACUACCUUUUGA